CAAGCAAUGUUGCAACAGUAGAUCCACAUAAGAGCAACUGCGUGCUUGUCCAUUUCACUGAGUAUUGGCUACAGGAUCUAUUCAUGGGCAGACAGAAAGAGAAGGCAACAUAUGAUUGUGCUCUUUUUGGCUUCAGAGACUCUACCAUCAUGGUAUUCACAGCAGAGAAAACAGCAAGCCUCUCUUUACAGCUAAUGCUCCUGUGUGCUGGGUUCUGUCUUGUUUAUGUGAUUAUGAAAUCCAUCCAGUUGUAUAUCAAAAGGCAAACACUGCUCAAGACUUUUGAGAGUUUUCCAGGCCCACCCAGCCACUGGCUCUACGGUAACAUCCACCAGAUCACCAGCCGUGGAGAAGAACUGAACAUAAUGUUGGACUGGGCUGAAAAAUUCCCCUAUGCUUUUCCCAGAUGGUUUGGGGGUUUUAUUUCUUCCUUAAUUGUCACCCACCCUGAUUAUGCCAAAACUGUAUUUGGCAGAAGUGAUCCCAAGCCUGAAAUCUCCUAUGAGCGCUUGAUUCCUUGGAUCGGGAAAGGGCUGCUUAUCUCAAGUGGACCUAAGUGGCACCAGCAUAGGCGAUUGCUAACGCCAGCUUUCCACUAUGACAUUUUGAAAUCCUAUGUAGCACAUAUUUCAGAUUCGGUCAAAGUUAUGCUGGAUAAAUGGGAGAAGCUGAUUGCGGAAGAUCCCAUGAAGUCUUUGGAGAUGUUUGACCAUGUCAGUUUAAUGACUCUUGAUAGCAUCAUGAAAUGUGCAUUCAGUUACAAGAGCAGCUGCCAGACUGACAAAGAAAUGGAUUAUUAUGUCAAAGCCGUGUCUGAUCUAACUCUGCUAGUGUUUCAGAGAAUCACCUCAGCAUUACUUCAGAAUGAUCUCCUCUAUUCAUGGACCCCAUCAGGACAGCGCUUUAAGGAAGCCUGCAAGUUGGCACAUCACCAUACAGAAAAAGUAAUUGAAGAGAGGAAGAAAUCCCUCCAGAAUGAAAGAGAACUUGAAAAGAUCCAGAAGAAGCGACACUUGGAUUUUUUGGACAUUCUUCUUUGUGCCAAGGAUGAAAAUGGAGUUGGACUGUCUGAUGAAGACCUCCGUGCUGAAGUGGACACUUUUAUGUUUGCGGGCCAUGAUACUACGGCCAGUGGCAUUUCCUGGCUCCUACAUUCCAUGGCUCAGCAUCCAGAGCACCAGCAGAGAUGUCGGGAAGAGAUCAAAGAUAUUCUAGGGGAUCGGGAGGACAUAGAAUGGGAUGAUUUUGGUAAGAUGACCUAUACCACAAUGUGCAUAAAGGAGAGUCUUCGAAUAUAUUCUCCAAUUCCAGCAGUGUCCCGACAACUGAACAAACCCAUUACCUUUUUUGAUGGACGCACUUUGCCUGAAGGUUUUGUCGUUUCAGUUGCGAUUCACUGUGUUCAUCAAAACCCUAGUGUAUGGCAAGAUCCUGAGGUAUUUGAUCCUACAAGAUUUUCAGCAGAUAAUUCAUCCCAAAGGCAUCCCAAUUCAUUCAUCCCUUUUGCAGCUGGAUCAAGGAACUGCAUCGGGCAACAGUUUGCUAUGAAUGAGUUAAAAGUAGCCCUUGCUCUGACACUGCUUCGCUUUGAAAUCUUGCCUGACCCAGCAAACCUUCCCAUCCCCAUCCCUCAGAUUGUCCUGAAGUCUGAAAAUGGGAUACAUCUCAUCUUGAAGAAACUUGGUUGAUAUACCAGAGAAUUCUAUAAGGAGGUGUUUCUUCCUGAGUUGCUGUCAAGAUGGUGGCUGUUUGCAUGGAACCUUCCUCCAUCAAGGGAGUCCCAGGGCUAGGUUUUGUUUACCACUAUUUCCAGAACUGGUGGGGGGUUUUUUGGUAUGCUUUUAUGGUGGUUGAAUUUUCAAGCUUAUCAUGGAUAUUUUUUGCUUUAUUUUUUCACUUUUUCUGUGCAACACUAGAGUGUGUAUUUUAUGAGAUGUCUUAUGAAUAUGAAUAAUAAAUACAUAAAUAAUGA